UUCAUGAAAAAUUAUUAUCUUUUGUUCUAUUGUUUGUGGGUAUUAAAUUUUAAAUCUUGGGUUUUCUGUUUUAGUUUUGAAAGAUUCGAAAGUUGUAUGCUUUUUCUUAAAUUAGUUCAAGAUUUGUCAUGGGUAAUUCCUGAUUCAGCGAAAAAUUGCAGAAACUUUUUGGUGAUAGAAAGAGAAAGAGAAAGAGAGAGAGAGAUGGAGGAAGAGAGAGAGUCAACAAGAUAUUGGUGCCAUGCAUGUGAUAGAGUCGUCGAUCCAGUCAUGGAGGUCGAAUCGGUCAAAUGUUCAGUUUGUCACGGCGGCUUCGUGGAGGAAAUGGGCAGCGUAAGACGUGAUGAUGACCACCACCACCACCAAAACGACGGUGGUUCUGGUUCCGACUCCGACCGUGGCAUCUCUUUUUGGGCUCCUAUCUUGCUUACUAUGAUGGACACCCCUCGCCGUCACCGGAGAUUCAGACAACUUGGUUUAGACGAAGCGAAUGAAGAGCAAAACCGCCACCAAGGAGGAGGAGGAGGAGAGUCGGAGUUGGAUCCUGAACAGAGGAGAAGGAGGAGCACCGCCGCCAUCUUCCACCUUCUUCAAGGUAUUCAAGCGGGAAUGGCAUCUGAAUCGGAGAACAACGAGGAGGUCGCCGGAGGAGACAGAGACAGCAACCAGGAACAAGUUAUUCUGAUCAAUCCUUUCACCCCAUCUAUCAUUGUCCACGGCGGCAGUGGUGGCAACCCGUUUGACUCCAGAAACCUCUCGCAAAACCACCCAUUUGGAUCUUUUGGUGAUUACUUCAUCGGACCUGGUUUAGAACAACUCUUACAACAGUUAUCCGAAAACGACCCGAAUCGAUAUGGAACACCACCCGCCAAAAAAGAAGCAAUCGAGUCAAUGCCAAAAGUCAAAAUCGAAGAAGAUUCAAUUCAAUGUUCGGUUUGUUUGGAGGAAUUUGAAAUCGAGAAUGAAGCACGUGAAAUGCCAUGUAAACAUAGGUUUCAUGGGGAUUGUAUCUUGCCAUGGUUAGAGCUUCAUAGUUCAUGUCCGGUUUGUAGGUAUCAGAUGCCGGCUGAUGAGUCAAAGGUUGACCGAGAACAAGAAGGGUCCAGGGGUAUUAUUGGAAAUUCAUCAAACGGGGUUACGGGUGAAUCGGGAAAUAGGAAUAAUGAAGAGAGGCGGUUUUCUGUAUCUUUUCCUUGGCCUUUUAGUAGCUUGUUUUCAUCGCCGAGGGCUAAUACGGUAAAUUUGGGUUCGAGUACGGUGACAAGAUCGUCUUCCGGGGACUCGGGAUCACAGCCGCGGGCCCACGAACAUGAUCAUAAUAGUCAUUAAAAUGCCUUGUCUCCUCUCUUCUGUAUCUUCGUCUCUAGUCCUAUCUUUCAUUGUAAAUUGUGAUCCACCUCCACUUAUGUAUUCUUUUAAGUUGUAUACAUGUUAUCAUCAUAUGAUGGUUAGGUGUCUAUAUCCAUGUAAUUAAUAAAACUUCUUGCCAUCAUUCUUUUAA